GUCCAAGAACAAGAAGGCGUGCUUUGCGCUUCCAAAAACAGAGAAAAGAGAGUAAAAGAAAGAGAGAGAGAGAAAGGGAGCAAAUUCCCCUAAACCAAGCAAAACCAGCCAGCCAGCUAACAAUAAGAGUGAACAGAGGUUGAGUUUGGUGGGCGUGUUGUUGUUGUUUCCAGGGAGUGAUUCUGGUUUCGCGGUGCAAGACGGCAAAAGAGGAGAAGGAGGAGUUUUCAGGCGAUCUGCUAGUCCUAAUUUGUCCGCUUUGAUAAAUCUUUCACAGAGGGAGAAGGUGUUUCGCUUUGCUCCGCAGCCUCUUCAGAUUGUCUCUUCUUGUUCCUGUUCCUUCUGCCCCAGAAGGGAUUCGGGUUUAAAAGGGAGAGGAAGAAGCAGAGUUUCUCAGCAAAAACAGCAGCAGAGUCUCAGAAGAAGGAAGUCCCAGAACAGAAGACAGAGUUUACAAGGCUCUGUUUGUCAAGUCUAUAGAUCAGCAAGGCGGUGGAGAAAACAGAUAAAAUGGAGUGGAGUGCUUGUGUAGAUGAGUACGAGAAGCUUGUUAUCAGGAUGACUACUCCUAGGGUAGUCAUCGACAAUGCCGUUUGCCCAACUUCCACCGUCGUCAAGGUUGACAGUGCUAGGAAACAUGGUAUUUUACUCGAGGCAGUUCAGGUCCUCACGGAUCUAAACCUCUCCAUUAAGAAGGCUUACGUCUCCGCUGAUGGAAGAUGGUUCAUGGAUGUUUUCCAUGUAACCGAUCUCAAUGGAAACAAGCUAACCGACGAGAGCGUCAUUAACUACAUCGAGCAGAAUUUUCCUCCCUCUUCGCUUGCGUUACAGUCUCUGGGCUCAGUUCACUACGGCCAACCCAACGAUUUCAGCGGUUCGACCGCUCUGGAACUGACCGGAACCGACCGGAUCGGACUGCUCUCUGAGGUCUUCGCUGUGUUAUCCGACCUUCAAUGCAGCGUCGCCGACGCCAAAGUCUGGACACACAACGGCAGGAUUGCUUCCCUAAUCCAUGUGAAGGACUCCAACUCCGGUGCCCGGAUUGAGGACGUUCAACUAAUCUCUGUAAUUGAGGCCAGGUUGAGGAACGUGUUGAAGGGCGACAACGACAUCCGGAGUGCCAAGACCUCUGUUUCAAUGGCAGUCACCCACACGGAGAGGAGGCUUCACCAGAUGAUGUUCGCGGAUCGCGAUUACGAGAGGAAGCCCAUCUUGGAGAGCGUUCCAACGAACUCUCCCGCGUUGGUCACUGUCCAGAACUGGGUCGAGAGAGGGUACUCGGUGGUGAAUGUUCAAGCCAAGGACCGUACUAAGCUAUUGUUCGACGUGGUCUGCACAUUGACUGACAUGGGGUACAUCGUGUUCCAUGCCACUGUCAACACCAUUGGAGACAGGGGAUACUUGGAAUUUUACAUUAGGCAUCAAGAUGGCACUCCAAUUAGCUCGGAGGCCGAGAGGCAACGAGUGAUCCUAUGCCUCGAAGCUGCAGUCAAGAGAAGAGCGUCAGAGGGAGUGAGGCUCGAGCUGUCCACCUCGGACAGGCAAGGGCUUCUAGCCGAUGUGACAAGGACAUUUCGCGAGAACGGGUUGAAUGUGACGAGAGCUGAGGUGUCGACGAUGAAGGAGACAGCACAGAAUGUGUUCUAUGUUACAGAUGUCAUGGGGAAGCCGGCGGAUGGGAAGAUCAUCGAGUCGGUAAGGGAGAAGAUCGGGCUGAGUUACUUGCGGGUGAAGGAACUGCCCUCCUUGGUGUACCACAAGGAAGGUGGGGAGAGGGAUGAGCAGGCGGUUGGUAUGGCUGGGACUGUGUUGCUGUCGUUGGGAAGCAUGGUGAGGAAGAAUCUGUACAAUUUGGGGUUGAUUCGAUCUUACUCAUGAAGGAUGUUGGUUACAAAUUGGGGAUGGUUAUUCUUUGCUUGAGGUUUGUGAUUUGUGGGUUUGUGUACAUAAUGAGAAAAGGGUUUGGGGCCAAGUGAGUGGGGAAUUUGGUGAUAGUAAGUAGCUGUAGUGGUUGUUAUAGUUGGGGUAUGGUUGGUUGAAUAGAUAAGAGAGAGGGGGAAGGGGGUGAUCCACCAUAUUAAGAAGGCAAUAUAUUCUUGUGAUUCUUUAGAGAAAGAAGAAAAGGGAGGGUUUAGUUUGAAGGUGAAGAUUUGAUUUAAGAUUGGGGGAAAAGGUGAUUAUGGGUGUCUUGUGAAGAUGAAGAAUUAGUAUUAUGGCUGGAAAAAGAAAUUUAGGGUUUAGAUUUGAAGAGAUAUGGCAGCUGCUUCUCUAGAUUAUUAUAUAUUUGAAUGAAUAGAGAGAAUCACACAUUUGUACAUAACGAUCUUCUGUUGAUAUUUAAUUAAGAGUUUUAAUGAGAGUUGA